AUGGCCUCACGAAGCGCCCUCCUCUCUCUCCCAAUUCGAGCAGCCGUUCCCCGAAGUUCCACCGUCCUGCUUUCCCGUCAGCAUGCCCGAGCAGAGUCAACAGGUUCCUCCACCGCAGCGCUAGCAUACAAAGCUCUGCACCGAAAGAUCCACCCUCUUCCUACCUCAGACGCCCCUUCGACUUGGUCAGCUCAAGCUGCUGUGUCCAACAUCCUCUACGAAACCCCCUCGCCUUCACUUGCCCCGCCCAAGCGACACAUCCUCAACUGCCUCGUGCAAAAUGAGCCCGGUGUGCUCUCACGUGUGUCCGGCAUUCUGGCCGCUCGCGGAUUCAAUAUCGACUCCCUCGUCGUCUGCCACACCGAAGUUGAAGACCUCUCCCGGAUGACAAUCGUGCUCUCUGGGCAAGAUGGCGUCGUGGAGCAAGCCCGACGACAACUAGAGGACUUGGUUCCCGUAUGGGCUGUCCUAGAUUAUACAUCCGCGGCAUUGGUGCAGCGAGAGUUACUACUUGCUAAGAUCAACAUCCUGGGCCCAGAGUACUUUGAGGAGUUACAGGCCCAUCAUAGGGAGAUUACCGCAAGUGAUUCGGACGGCGUGGGAGCCGAGGAAGAGUGGUCACAGAAGAGAACCGAGCAGCUGAGGGCAAUUGAUGAUUUCCAUCCCAGCAAGUUAUUGCUCAGCCAGGCUUUGAGACAUAAGCAUGAGCAUUUGAAGUCGAUUACGUACUUCGCCCAUCAGUUCGGUGGAAAGGUUUUGGAUAUCAGCACCAAUAGCUGUAUCGUGGAACUCUCAGCAAAACCCGUCCGAAUCGAUUCGUUCAUAAAGCUCAUUAGUCCCUUCGGUAUCCUCGAAUCCACACGAACUGGUUUGAUGGCGCUUCCCCGUUCGCCACUUUUUGGUCCUAACGAAGCCGAGCUCAUUAAGGAUGCCGAUGAUAUUGUGGACGCCAGCACACUUCCCCCAGGAUAA